UUUCCUAUGAUUGUGGUAUUGAUUAUGAUUUUCAAUGGCGUUGGUGGGCACGGAAAAUGCCCACCGGGCAAGCAGUGGACCCCAAUGGCUAAAAAGUGUAUAAAAUAUUACUUUGGCUUAUACAUUAAUAACUAUAAAAAAGGUGAGUCGAGGCUAUUAAAAAUAAUGACAACUAAUUUUGAGGUUAUUCCAGACAAAACACACAGAAAUAUAAAGAUAGAAUAAUAAAAGGAUUUCCACACAAAUAAA